AUGACUGAGGCCACUGCAUGGGCCAGAAUUACGGCUUAUAUGGCCAAAAAUAGACUAAAUACGGCCUUUGAGGCUGAAUUCCAACAAAAUAUGGCAGUUGAAGCCAAGAUCGAAGAUCAUGAAAACAAAGAAAUAAAGGAUCGAAGACUGGACUACAUUUAUGAUGAUGAGCCACUGGGUUUUGAGAAAAAUCCCAUAAGUGAGGUGCCAAAGAUGCAGGCUCAAGAUCCUUUGGAGGAGAUCGACAUUGGAGAUGGCUCGAUAAAAAGGCCAACCUAUAUCAGUGCCAAUAUCACCUCAAGUCUAAAAGAAAAGCUGGUGCCUCUUCUUAGAGAAUUUAAAGACUGUUUUGCUUGGGAUUACCACGAAAUGCCUGGGUUAAGCAGAGAAAUGGUCGAAAUGAAAUUACCUAUUAAGGAAGGAAAAAGACCAGUAAAACAACUACCAAGAAGAUUCGCACCAGAAAUCAUGUCCAAAAUUAAGGAAGAGAUCGAAAGGCUGCUGAGGUGUAAAUUCAUCAGAUCUUCCAGGUAUGUCGAAUGGUUAGCAAAUAUAGUCCCUGUCAUUAAAAAGAAUGGAACUCUUAGAGUAUGCAUAGAUUUUAGGGAUUUAAAUAAUGCUACACCUAAAGAUGAAUAUGCUAUGCCAGUAGCAGAAAUGUUGGUAGAUUCAGCAGCUGGCUUCGAAUUUUUAAGCAUGUUAGAUGGUUAUUCUGGUUAUAACCAAAUAUUUAUUGCUGAAAGUGAUGUGUCAAAAACAACAUUUCGAUGCCCUGGAGAUUUCCUUGGUUUUGUGGUGCAUAAAAAAGGCAUUGAGAUAAAUCGAAAUAAGACAAAGGCUAUUCUUGAGACUAAGCCUCCUUCGACCAAAAAACAGCUUCAGUCUUUGCUAGGAAAAAUCAACUUCUUGAGUCGAUUCAUUUCGAAUCUAAGUGGCAAAGCUCAAAUUUUUUCGCCAUUACUUCGACUCAAGAAAGAUGAACCAUUCAAAUGGAAUGAAGAGCAUCAAAAGGCUUUCGAUGAAAUUAAAGAAUAUCUGAUCAAGCCUCCUGUGUUAAUGCCUCCUAGUCGAAACAAAACUAUGAAGUUGUAUAUUGCUGCGUCUGACAAGACCAUUGGUAGCAUGUUGGCUCAGGAAGAUGAUGAUGGCAUAGAGCAUGCAAUUUAUUAUCUUAGUCGUGUACUAAAUGAUGCAGAAACUAGAUAUACUGCCAUAGAAAAACUUUGUCUUUGUUUGUAUUUCUCUUGUGCAAAACUUAAGCAAUAUAUAAAGCCUGUUGAUGUUUAUGUGUAUUCUCAUUAUGAUAUUAUUAAGCACAUGUUGUCAAAACCUAUUUUACACAGUAGAAUUGGAAAAUGGGCUUUAGCAUUAACAGAAUAUUCUUUAACGUACAAGCCUUUGAAAUCUGUUAAGGGUCAAAUUGUGGCUGAUUUUAUUGUAGAUCACUCAGUGAUCGAAAUGCCGCAAGACUAUGUGGAUACAGAGCCUUGGAUUUUGUAUUUCGAUGCAAGUUCUCUUCUGAAUCAUUUCGAUUACAUUAACAUUGAGCAUAUACCUCGACAAGAAAACCAAGAAGCAAAUGAUUUAGCCCAAAUAGCUUCAGGGUACAAAAUGUCGAAGGAAAAGUUAACUCAGUUGAUCGAAAUAAAAGAUAAACUGGUGUUACUGGAGCCAUUAAGCACUAAAUUGCCAAUGCCAAAACUUGUGGGGGCAAGUACACCACAAAAUAAUGAAGAUGAAAGCAUGGAUGAUCUCCAAGGAAAAAUUCAAAUUUUGGCCAUUGACAAUAUGUUAGAUAAUGAUUGGAGAAAGUCCAUUGUUGAAUAUUUGGAAAAUCCAAUAGGUAAUGUGGCUCGAAAGAUCAAAUAUAGGGCUUUAAAUUACGUGAUUGUGGGAAAUGAUUUGUUUAAAAAGACUGCAGAAGGAGUGUUGCUGAAAUGUCUAAGUGAAUCAGAAGCAUACUUGGCAGUUUCCCAUGUUCACAGUGGGGCUUGUGGAUCACAUCAAGCAGGCCAUAAAAUGAAAUGGCUUUUAUUUCGACAAGGGAUACAGCAUGUACCUGCUAGUGAGUUACACUCCAUAAUCAAACCUUGGCCUUUCAGAGGAUGGGCUUUGGACCUAAUUGGUGAAAUCAAGCCUACUUCUUCUAAGAACCAGCGUUAUAUUAUAGUUGGUAUCGAUUACUUUACAAAAUGGAUCGAAGCAGUCCCUUUGCCAAAUGUUGAUCAGGAAGCAGUAAUUAGUUUCAUUCAAAAUCAUAUUAUUUAUAGGUAUGGUAUUCCUGAAACAAUUACCACUGAUCAAGGUUCAGUUUUUACUGGACGAAAAAUGCAAGAAUUUGCCCAAAAAACUGGCUUUCGAUUAUUAACCUCAACACCAUAUUACGCGCAAGCAAAUGGUCAGGUCGAAGCAGCCAAUAAGAUUGUAAUUAACUUGAUUAAAAAACACAUUGCCCAAAAGCCAAGAAAUUGGAAUAAAACGUUAGAUCAAGUUCUAUGGGCAUGUAGAAAUUCUCCUAAGGAAUCAACUAAUACUACCCCAUUUCGACUGACUUAUGGGCACGAUGCUGUACUUCCGGUCGAAAUACAUUUGCAAUCAGCCAGGGUACAAAAACAAAUGGACAUUCCAAUCGACCAUUAUUGGAAAAUGAUGUCAGAUGAGUUAGUUGAUUUAGAUGAGGAGAGAUUAAGAGCAUUAGAAGUUUUGACUAAACAAAAAGAAAGAGUUGCUAAAGCUUAUAAUAAGAAAGUGAAGUCAAAAACUUUUAAUGUUGGAGAUUUAGUUUGGAAGGUUAUCCUGCCCAUGGAUAGUAAGGAUCGAGCCUUGGGCAAAUGGUCCCCAAAUUGGGAAGGACCGUUUAAAAUAAUUCAGAUCUAUUCGAAUGGUGCUUAUGAGUUAGAGGAGCUAACCCCUCAGAAACGUACUUUGAGCAUAAAUGGUAAGUAUUUGAAAAAAUAUAAACCAACACUGCUCGAAGUUAAAAUAAGCAUAGAAUAA